UUUGUCCAGUAUGACCGUACUUACAUGAAAAAAUAAAUGGCUGCCGCAUGAAAAAGUAAACGUUUUCGCAUUGCAAACCGGAAAAAUUGAGAAUUGCGGCAAAAGAAACAUACUAAAAGUGAAGAAUAGGACAAGUGCAGCGGAACGAUGUCCAUUCCGCCGUACAUGAUACCGCAGAAUGCGUGGGCGGCGCAGCUGAUGGCCCAGCAGGCGUACGCGGCGGCCCAUGCUCAGCAGGCCCAGCUGCAUGCCCAGCAGCAGAUGGCCAACCAGAUCCAGCAGAUUCCGCCGCCGGGAGCUCCCCUUCCGCCGCCCACUGGCCAUCCCAACGGGAUUCCCAUUCCGGCAGGCGGCCAGGGACCCGGACUGGGCCAGAUUCCCACUCCCAAGCCGGACAUCCUCACCGAGGAGAAGCUGCAGGAGAAGGCGCUCAAAUGGCAGCAUCUGCAAUCCAAGCGGUUCGCCGAGAAGCGCAAGUUUGGAUUCGUGGACACCCAGAAGGAGGACAUGCCGCCGGAGCACAUUCGGAAGAUCAUUCGGGAUCACGGCGACAUGACCUCGCGCAAAUACCGCCACGACAAGCGAGUCUAUCUGGGCGCACUAAAGUACAUGCCGCAUGCGGUGCUUAAGCUGCUGGAGAACAUGCCCAUGCCCUGGGAGCAGAUCCGGGAUGUCCAGGUGCUGUACCACAUUACGGGAGCCAUCACCUUUGUCAAUGAGAUUCCCUGGGUCGUUGAGCCUGUCUACAUCGCCCAAUGGGGAACCAUGUGGAUCAUGAUGCGACGUGAGAAGCGCGAUCGUCGUCACUUCAAGCGAAUGAGAUUCCCGCCCUUCGACGAUGAGGAGCCGCCUCUAGACUAUGCCGACAACGUUCUCGAUGUGGAGCCCUUGGAGGCCAUUCAAAUCGAGCUGGACAAUGAUGAAGACAAUGCCGUGUACAAAUGGUUUUACGAUCAUCGUCCUCUAGUGGAUACGCAGUUUGUAAACGGCACCACCUACCGCAAGUGGAAUCUUUCCCUGCCCCAGCUAGCCACUCUUUAUCGGCUGGCCAAUCAACUGCUCACGGACCUGGUGGACAACAACUUCUUUUACCUAUUUGACCCCAAAAGUUUCUUCACCGCCAAGGCCCUAAAUAUGGCCAUUCCAGGUGGUCCCAAGUUUGAACCCCUCAUCAAAGAUCACAAUGUUGGGGACGAGGAUUGGAACGAGUUCAACGACAUAAAUAAAGUCAUUAUCCGUCAACCCAUUCGCACAGAAUAUCGCAUUGCCUUUCCCUACUUGUACAACAACAUGCCACACUUUGUGCAUCUGAGCUGGUAUCACACUCCCAACGUGGUCUACAUCAAGACCGAAGAUCCCGAUUUGCCGGCAUUUUAUUUUGAUCCGCUCAUCAAUCCCAUAUCCCAUCGCAAUGCGAACUCAAAAAUUCAGGAGCCACUGCCUGAUGAUGAUGAGGAUUUCACACUUCCAGACGAUGUGCAGCCGUUCCUAGUGGACACUCCCCUCUAUACUGACAAUACUGCGAACGGUAUUGCCUUGUUGUGGGCCCCUCGCCCCUUUAACAUGCGCUCUGGUCGCUCCCGCCGUGCCAUCGACGUGCCCUUAGUUAAGUGCUGGUACAAGGAGCAUUGUCCUCCUGGCCACCCGGUCAAGGUGCGCGUUAGCUACCAAAAACUACUGAAAUACUAUGUGCUUAAUGCGCUGAAGCACCGCAAGCCAAAGCCCCAGAAGAAGCGCUACCUCUUCCGUUCGUUCAAGGCUACAAAAUUCUUCCAGACCACCACCCUGGAUUGGGUGGAGGCUGGAUUGCAGGUUUGCCGUCAGGGAUACAACAUGCUGAACCUCUUGAUUCACAGAAAGAACCUUAACUACUUGCAUUUGGAUUACAAUUUCAACUUGAAGCCUGUCAAAACUCUAACCACCAAAGAGCGUAAAAAGUCACGUUUCGGAAACGCCUUCCAUUUGUGUCGUGAGAUCCUGCGUCUGACCAAGCUAAUUAUUGACUCUCAUGUUCAGUAUCGGCUGAACAAUGUGGACGCCUUUCAGUUGGCCGACGGACUGCAGUACAUAUUCGCCCACGUUGGCCAGCUGACUGGCAUGUAUCGCUACAAAUACAAGCUGAUGAGGCAGAUUCGAAUGUGUAAGGAUCUGAAGCAUUUGAUCUACUACCGCUUCAACACAGGACCUGUGGGCAAAGGACCCGGAUGUGGCUUUUGGGCGCCCGGUUGGCGAGUUUGGCUGUUCUUUAUGCGUGGUAUCACACCGUUGCUGGAACGCUGGCUGGGCAACCUGCUGUCGCGUCAAUUCGAGGGACGACACUCCAAGGGUGUGGCUAAGACGGUGACCAAACAGCGCGUCGAAUCCCACUUCGAUCUGGAAUUGCGUGCCUCCGUAAUGCACGACAUUGUGGACAUGAUGCCCGAAGGUAUCAAGCAGAACAAGGCGCGUACCAUUUUGCAGCAUCUGUCGGAGGCUUGGCGUUGCUGGAAGGCGAACAUUCCCUGGAAAGUACCCGGCCUGCCCAUUCCCAUUGAGAAUAUGAUCCUGCGUUACGUUAAGAUGAAGGCCGAUUGGUGGACGAACACGGCUCACUACAAUCGAGAGCGUAUCCGACGUGGAGCCACUGUGGACAAGACCGUGUGCAAGAAGAAUCUUGGCCGGUUGACACGUCUUUACUUGAAGGCGGAGCAGGAAAGGCAGCACAACUACUUAAAGGAUGGUCCGUACAUAUCACCGGAGGAGGCAGUGGCCAUAUACACCACCACUGUCCAUUGGCUGGAGUCGCGGCGCUUUGCGCCCAUUCCCUUCCCUCCGCUCUCGUACAAGCACGACACAAAGCUCCUGAUCUUGGCCCUCGAGCGGUUGAAGGAGGCGUACAGCGUCAAGUCUAGGUUAAAUCAAAGUCAGCGCGAGGAGCUGGGUCUCAUUGAACAGGCCUACGACAAUCCUCACGAGGCCUUGUCCCGCAUCAAGCGUCACUUGCUCACGCAGCGAGCUUUCAAGGAGGUGGGCAUUGAGUUCAUGGACUUGUACAGUCAUCUGAUACCUGUGUAUGAGGUUGAACCCCUGGAGAAGAUUACAGAUGCAUAUCUGGAUCAGUAUCUGUGGUACGAGGCAGAUAAGCGACGACUGUUCCCGCCAUGGAUCAAGCCCAGCGAUACAGAGCCUCCGCCAUUGUUGGCCUACAAGUGGUGUCAAGGCAUUAACAACCUGCAGGAUGUUUGGGAUGUGGGUGAGGGCGAGUGCAAUGUGCUGCUAGAGUCUCGAUUCGAAAAGCUGUACGAGAAGAUUGACUUGACGCUACUUAAUCGUUUGCUCCGCCUCAUCGUCGAUCACAAUAUCGCUGAUUACAUGACCGCCAAGAACAACGUGGUUAUCAACUACAAGGACAUGAACCACACUAACAGUUACGGCAUCAUUCGCGGCCUGCAGUUCUCAUCAUUCAUCACCCAGUACUAUGGCCUGGUGUUGGAUCUUUUGGUUCUGGGUCUUCACCGAUCCAGCGAGAUGGCUGGUCCGCCACAAAUGCCCAACGAUUUCCUGACGUUCCAGGACGCAGUUACAGAAACGGCUCAUCCGAUUCGACUGUAUUGUCGCUACGUCGAUCGAAUUCACCUGUUCUUCAGGUUCUCGGCGGAGGAGGCCCGAGAUCUCAUCCAGCGCUACCUUACCGAGCAUCCGGAUCCUAACAACGAAAACAUUGUGGGUUACAACAACAAGAAGUGCUGGCCACGCGAUGCUCGCAUGCGUUUGAUGAAGCACGAUGUCAAUCUCGGUCGCGCUGUCUUCUGGGACAUUAAAAACCGUCUACCUCGCUCUGUUACCACUAUUGGUUGGGAGAGCACCUUCGUCUCGGUGUACUCCAAAGACAAUCCCAAUCUGUUGUUCAACAUGAGUGGAUUUGAGUGUCGCAUUUUGCCAAAGUGUCGCACCCAAAAUGAAGAGUUUACCCAUCGUGAUGGCGUUUGGAACUUACAGAACGAAAUUACAAAGGAGCGCACGGCUCAGUGCUUCCUGCGGGUGGACGAUGAGUCGCUGGGGCGCUUCCACAAUCGUGUGCGACAGAUUCUGAUGGCUUCCGGCUCCACUACCUUCACAAAGAUUGUGAAUAAAUGGAAUACGGCGCUCAUAGGUCUGAUGACAUACUUCCGCGAGGCUGUGGUCAAUACCCAGGAACUGCUGGACUUACUGGUCAAGUGCGAGAAUAAAAUCCAGACCCGUAUCAAGAUUGGUCUCAACUCCAAAAUGCCCUCCCGUUUCCCGCCAGUUGUGUUCUACACUCCCAAGGAACUUGGCGGUCUGGGAAUGUUGAGCAUGGGUCACGUCUUGAUUCCGCAAUCCGAUCUGCGUUGGUCGAAGCAAACUGAUGUGGGCAUAACCCAUUUCCGCUCCGGUAUGUCCCACGAUGAGGAUCAGCUUAUUCCUAAUUUAUAUCGGUACAUACAGCCGUGGGAGAGUGAGUUCAUCGACUCGCAGCGCGUGUGGGCCGAGUAUGCGCUGAAGCGUCAGGAGGCGAAUGCCCAGAACCGUAGGCUCACUCUGGAAGAUCUGGAAGACAGCUGGGAUCGUGGUAUUCCCCGUAUCAACACACUCUUCCAAAAGGAUCGUCACACACUGGCCUAUGACAAGGGCUGGCGCAUACGAACCGAGUUCAAGCAGUACCAGGUACUGAAGCAGAAUCCCUUCUGGUGGACUCACCAACGUCACGACGGCAAGCUGUGGAACUUGAACAACUACAGAACGGACAUGAUCCAGGCCCUUGGCGGAGUGGAGGGCAUUCUUGAGCAUACAUUGUUCAAGGGCACCUACUUCCCCACUUGGGAAGGUCUUUUCUGGGAGAAGGCCUCCGGCUUUGAGGAGUCGAUGAAGUACAAGAAGCUGACCAAUGCUCAGCGAUCCGGUCUUAACCAGAUUCCGAAUCGUCGCUUCACACUGUGGUGGUCGCCGACCAUCAAUCGUGCAAACGUUUACGUCGGUUUCCAGGUGCAGCUCGAUCUGACGGGUAUUUUCAUGCACGGAAAGAUUCCCACGCUAAAGAUCUCGCUGAUUCAGAUCUUCCGAGCCCAUUUGUGGCAGAAGAUCCACGAGUCGAUUGUGAUGGAUCUGUGUCAGGUGUUCGAUCAGGAACUGGAUGCUUUGGAAAUCGAGACGGUGCAAAAGGAGACGAUCCAUCCGCGCAAGUCCUACAAGAUGAACUCUUCUUGUGCGGACAUCUUGCUCUUCCCCGCCUACAAAUGGAAUGUGUCGCGGCCCUCACUGCUGGCCGAUACCAAGGACACCAUGGACAACACCACCACGCAGAAGUACUGGCUGGAUAUCCAGUUGCGAUGGGGCGAUUACGAUUCCCACGACGUGGAACGCUAUGCGAGGGCCAAGUUCCUCGACUACACGACGGACAACAUGUCCAUCUAUCCGUCGCCCACGGGCGUGUUGAUAGCCAUCGAUUUGGCCUACAAUCUGCACUCUGCCUACGGCAAUUGGUUCCCGGGCUGCAAGACCCUUAUCCAGCAGGCCAUGGCCAAAAUCAUGAAGGCGAAUCCCGCGCUAUAUGUGCUGCGUGAACGUAUCCGCAAGGCCCUGCAGCUUUACUCCUCGGAGCCUACGGAGCCGUACCUCAGUUCGCAGAACUACGGAGAGCUGUUCUCCAACCAAAUCAUCUGGUUUGUGGACGACACCAACGUGUACCGCGUCACAAUCCAUAAAACAUUCGAGGGAAAUCUGACAACGAAGCCAAUUAACGGAGCCAUCUUCAUCUUUAAUCCGCGAACUGGUCAGCUCUUCCUGAAAAUCAUUCACACCUCUGUGUGGGCAGGUCAGAAGCGUCUGGGUCAGCUGGCCAAGUGGAAGACUGCUGAAGAAGUGGCCGCUCUAAUUCGAUCGUUGCCUGUGGAGGAGCAGCCCAAACAAAUCAUUGUGACGCGUAAGGGCAUGUUGGAUCCAUUGGAGGUGCACUUGCUCGACUUCCCCAACAUUGUGAUCAAGGGCUCUGAGCUGCAACUGCCCUUCCAGGCUUGCCUUAAAGUGGAGAAGUUUGGUGACCUGAUUCUCAAGGCUACCGAGCCUCAGAUGGUGCUCUUCAAUCUGUACGACGAUUGGUUGAAGACUAUUUCGUCAUACACGGCCUUCAGUCGACUUAUCCUCAUUCUUCGUGCUCUCCACGUCAAUACGGAAAGGACAAAGAUCAUCCUGAAACCGGAUAAGACCACAAUCACAGAGGCGCAUCAUAUUUGGCCCACUCUGACGGAUGAGGAAUGGAUCAAGGUUGAGGUUCAGCUUAAGGACCUUAUUCUCGCCGAUUAUGGCAAGAAGAACAACGUGAAUGUGGCCUCACUGACGCAGUCCGAGAUUCGUGACAUCAUCCUUGGUAUGGAGAUUAGCGCUCCGUCGGCGCAGCGCCAACAGAUCGCCGAGAUCGAGAAGCAGACGAAGGAGCAGAAUCAACUGACUGCCACCACUACGCGUACCACAAACAAGCACGGUGAUGAAAUUAUCACCUCUACCACAUCCAAUUACGAGACGCAGACGUUCAGUUCGAAGACAGAGUGGCGAGUCAGAGCGAUUUCCGCCACCAAUCUGCACCUGCGAACGAAUCACAUUUAUGUGAGCUCUGACGACAUCAAGGAAACUGGCUACACCUACAUCCUGCCCAAGAACAUACUCAAAAAGUUUGUUACUAUCUCGGAUUUGCGGGCCCAGAUUGCGGGCUACUUGUAUGGCGUGAGUCCGCCGGACAACCCACAAGUGAAGGAGAUCCGCUGCAUCGUAAUGCCGCCGCAGUGGGGCACUCACCAGACGAUCAACCUGCCCAAUACACUACCCACGCACCAGUAUCUCAAAGACAUGGAGCCGCUAGGCUGGAUCCACACGCAGCCCAACGAGUUGCCCCAAUUGUCGCCGCAGGACAUCACGACGCAUGCGAAGAUCAUGCAGGAGAACUCGAACUGGGAUGGCGAAAAGACGAUCGUGAUCACGUGCUCCUUCACCCCCGGAUCCUGCUCGCUUACGGCCUACAAACUGACGCCUUCGGGCUUCGAGUGGGGCUCCAAGAACACGGACAAGGGCAACAAUCCCAAGGGCUAUCUGCCGUCCCACUAUGAACGCGUUCAGAUGCUGCUGUCGAACAAGUUCCUCGGCUUCUUCAUGGUGCCGGCGCAGAGCAGCUGGAACUACAACUUCAUGGGCGUGCGCCACGAUCCCAACAUGAAGUACGAACUGCAGUUGGCCAACCCGAAGGAGUUCUACCACGAGCUUCACCGCACUUCGCACUUCCUGCUCUUCUCGAAUCUCGAGGACGGCGGGGAUGGCGCCGGCGCGGAUCGGGAGGAUGUGUACGCGUAG